GUCACAGUACAGCGAGAACAAAAAUGCAGAAAAACUACAACCCUUGGCUUUAGAACACAUAGGUGCGUUCGGUGUGUGUUACGAUACGUCCCGACUCAGCAUAGCCGCGUGGCUCUCAUUUUCCAUGUCGGCCCGCAUAGUUUACCGGGCAACGUAGAGAUAUAAAUGCAAUGCGCAAUGACCGAGGCUACAUUAGCUGCAUACUCUGCGCUUGCUCUGUGAGGAAGUGCAUAUUUACCCUGAACACAGCUAGCUUAUUUUUUAGAAGUGUUUGAACUGUUAUACCGGUCGUAGCUUAGCAUAGUAGCCGUAUAGCUGUGCACCAGUGACACAUGAACCUAAAACAUAUGAGUGUUGAUGUUUUAGUUAUAGCGUGAGCCUUGGUCGAUUAGUGUGGAAGUGGAAGCUUUUAUUUAUUUUUUUAUUGCUCAGCGGUGGUAUUCUGGCGUUCCCAUGUUAGCCUGCUAACGCUAGAUCAGUGUGGCUAACUGGACUACAGCUCACUGACAGACCUCAUCUAAGGUAGAGUUUCGUGAAUUUAAAGUAAUGGACGGUGACUCUGAAUCAGCCUCACAGCGAAUUCUGCUGGAGCCUUACAAGUACUUGUUGCAACUACCAGGAAAGCAAGUGAGGACAAAACUCGCCCAAGCGUUUAACCACUGGCUCAAUGUUCCAGAGGACAAACUGCAGAUGAUCAUCGAGGCGACUGAGAUGCUGCACAACGCCAGCUUGCUCAUCGAUGACAUAGAGGACAACUCCAAGCUGCGGCGAGGCUUCCCGGUGGCCCACAGCAUUUAUGGGAUUCCCUCGGUUAUCAACUCCGCCAACUACGUCUACUUCUUGGGGUUGGAAAAGGUGCUAACCCUGGAGCACCCCGAAGCUGUCAAAGUGUUUACUCGGCAACUGCUGGAGUUGCACCGUGGCCAGGGCCUGGACAUCUAUUGGAGGGACACCUACACCUGUCCCACCGAGCAAGAGUACCGCAACAUGGUGCUGCAGAAAACUGGGGGGCUCUUUGGCCUGGCUGUGGGCCUGAUGCAGCUCUUCUCAGGCUGGAAACAAGACCUGAAACCCCUGCUGGACACGCUGGGUCUCUUCUUCCAGAUCCGUGACGACUAUGCCAACCUGAGAUCCCGCGAGUACAGCGAUAACAAGAGCUUCUGUGAGGACCUGACUGAGGGCAAGUUCUCUUUCCCCACUAUUCAUGCCAUAUGGUCGCGUCCAGAGAGCACCCAGGUGCAGAACAUCCUGAGGCAGCGCACGGAGAACAUGGACAUCAAACGAUACUGUGUGGAUUAUCUGGAGAAGGUGGGCUCGUUUGCCUACACCCGCCAGACCCUGCGGGACCUGGAGGUAGACGCCUAUCGUCUCAUUGAGAGCUUAGGGGGGAACCCUCAGCUGGAAGCCCUGGUCAAACACCUAAGUCAAAUGUAUCAUGAGCCUGAAGUCUCAGCAGAGUCCACAACCGAGCCACACUCCAACCAAAACCACUGACCUCACCCACAUUUCACAUCACAGGCCUGCACACUCCAUUAACACACAAGCUCUGGUGGUAACACUGACACAGACAUACACAUUCCGAUAAAAGCACAACACACCCACUAAAAGGUUACAUUCACAAACCAUUUUAGACGACACAGUCAAUCAACAUAAAUUCUGGGAGAAAGCUUUGAGUGCAUUCAGCCCCAAAUGUUGCCUUUAUCUUUUAAGUGUUACUUAACAAAUAACAAAUUACCACUUUCUGAAAUUUAGGUAGAAAAUGACUUCCAAUGUUUUAGGUUUGUUUUCCUGAAAAUGAAAAUGAGAUAGAAAUAAAGCUUAAAAGCCUUGCUUUUUGAUGUGCGAUACAGUGCAUACCACCAUAUAUGAAAAAGUUUAUCUAGGGCAGAGCGAAUGCUGGAUGUUAUUUGAAACAAAAUGCGGAUGUCUUAAGAGGUGUGACUGGCGGGAUCUGUAAUCAUUAAGCUGCCCGAGUGCCAAUCCUGUGUGGGGGCCCUCUGCAAUUCAAUUGUCUACUUGUUAUGUAACAUGCUGGCAUUAUAUGCAAAGUAGUACUCGAGUUGUUUAUGCUCAGCUGUGUAUGAAAUCAAUGUUGAUGCUUUGUUUUAUUGACAACUAUCUUUCCAGAUUCAGCAGAACUCUUCACAUCAGUGUUUGAGGGGAGGCUCUGUACUGUUGUUGCAGACCUAUUUGCAUUUAUUGAAUAAAAAAAACAAAAACAUUAAA